AUGGGUCGCUUUGACGGCAUCGAGCCCAGUGCUCCCUCGGUCAAGACGGAGAUUCCUGGCCCCAAGGCCAAGGAGCAGACUGCCGACCUCGACAAGGUCUUUGACACCAGGAGUUUGAACAUGCUCACUGACUACAAGGCCUCGAUUGGCAACUACAUCGCUGAUCCGGAUGGAAAUGUGCUGCUGGAUGUCUACGCCCAGAUCGCGUCCAUUCCCGUGGGCUACAACAACCCCCACCUGAUUGAGGUCAUGAAGAGCGAUGCCGUUGUCAACUCCCUGGUCAACCGCCCUGCCCUCGGCAACUUCCCUCCCAAUGACUGGGCCGAGGUCCUACGCUCUGGCAUCCUCAAGGUCGCACCCAAGGGCCUGGACCAGGUCUUCACGGCCAUGGCCGGCUCCGACGCCAACGAGACCGCCUACAAGGCUGCCUUUAUGUGGAAGCGCCAGCAGCAGCGUGGUGGUGCCCACGUCGAGUUCACUGAGGAGGAGCUGCAUUCGUCCAUGAACAACCAGACCCCCGGCGCCUCGGAGCUCUCCAUCAUGUCCUUCAAGACCGCCUUCCACGGCCGUCUGUUUGGUUCCCUGUCCACCACCCGCUCCAAGCCCAUCCACAAGCUCGACAUCCCCGCCUUUGACUGGCCCCAGGCCACCUUCCCGCUGCUCAAGUACCCCCUGGAGGAGCACGUUGAGGAGAACCGCAAGGCGGAGCAGGCGGCCCUCGCCGAGGUCGAGGAUCUGAUCCUCAACUACCGCGUGCCCCCCUGCGCAGUGAUCGUCGAGCCCAUUCAGUCCGAGGGUGGUGACAACCACGCCUCGCCCGAGUUCUUCCGCGGCCUGCGCGAGGUCACCAAGAAGCACGGCGUGCUGAUGAUCGUCGACGAGGUUCAGACUGGUGUGGGCGCGACCGGCAAGUUCUGGGCGCACGACCACUGGGACCUUCCCUCGCCUCCCGACAUGGUCACCUUCUCCAAGAAGGCCCAGACCGCCGGCUACUACUUUGGCAACCCUGAGCUGCGGCCCAACAAGCCCUACCGCCAGUUCAACACUUGGAUGGGUGACCCAGCACGCGCCAUCCUGUUCAGGGCCAUCAUCGACGAGAUUGAGAAGAACGAUCUGAUCGCGCAGACGGCGCGCGUAGGUGAUUACCUGUACGGCAAGCUGGCCGAGCUGGCCAAGAAGUACCCCGGCCAAUUCGACAACCUCCGCGGCAAGGGCCAGGGCACCUUCAUCGCCUUCGAUAACCCUCGCCGCGACGAGUUCCUCAAGAAGGCCAAGAGCUUCGGUAUCAACAUCGGAGGCUCCGGCGCCAGCGCUGUGCGCCUGAGGCCCAUGCUGAUCUUUGAGGAGAAGCACGCGGACAUCCUGCUCGAGGCUCUGGAGAAGAUCGUUACGUCGUGGUAG